AUGUCCAGCUCGUCUACCCCCGCCUCCGAACGCGAGACCGACCUGCUCGCCGUCGGACAACAGUGCUCAGCUCAGCUCUGCAACCUCGUCGACUUCCUACCUUUCAAGUGUCAGCAUUGUAGCCACCCUUUCUGCGCGGAGCAUUAUCUUCCAAACCAGCACAAAUGUGAGAAGUAUGACGAGAGUAAGCAUGACCGGGUCGCACCUUCAUGCCCUCUCUGCAAUACCCCUGUAGCCAUACCUCCCGGGCAGGACCCAAACAUCCGUAUGGAGCGCCAUAUCAACACCGAAUGCUCUGUUAUGACGGGCAAGUCCGCGAAGAGUAGAACGCCGCACUGCGCGAGGGCCAAGUGUGGCAAGGUGCUAUUCCAGCCUAUCAGAUGUGACUCCUGCAAGCAGCAGUUCUGUCCUCAGCACCGGUUUCCGAAGGAUCAUGACUGUUCAUCGGUCGCGGCUCCUGCCAUCUCGAAGCCCCAAACGUCUUUUUCAACAGCAGGUAUAUCGCCCUUUGCAGCUAAUAAGCGCAAUACAAAUCAGCCGAGCACUACUUCCACACGAUCGACGGCCCCAGCACCAACUGGACCUGCGAAGAUCACUGCCACGUCCUCGUCUUCUUCCUCCUCGUCUUCCCGACCCAGACCCUUUUCCAAGACUGACCGGUGA